AAUUCAUUGUUUUCUUUCAACGGAAUUGAAAUUGCGGAUGGAGGAAGACAGGGCCGUGGAAAUUGACCUCAACGCUAAACCUUUUCACAACCAUGCCGAUCAUCAAUCCUAUACGGUUUGAGUUCGAUUCGGUUUCUCUGCGAUUUUCAUUUGUUGAGCAAGUGUAUGUAUGAUGUUGUUGUGCAGAAGACGGAGUUGAUUUGCGAUCCUGCUUCGAAUGGCGAGGCGAGGUACGGUGAUCUGAUCCAGGAAUUGAAUCGGACGAAAUCGGAGAACCGGAGGUUGAACGAUGCGAUCGCAAUGGUGUGCGGAAACUUGAUUGAUUUGAUGCAGAAACAAUCUGGAGACAUCUCCACCUCAAGGAAAAGGAAUUUUGAUGAAAUCCGAAAUCCACAGUCCAUAAUUCGGAGCUGCAGAUGCGUCGAUGAAUGCUCGCCAGGCACGCCUAAGGAGAUCAAAUCCAACAUCUCCAAAGUUCACGUUCGGAUCGAUCCAUCCGAUACAAGCCUGGUAGUAAAAGAUGGUUACCAUUGGAGAAAAUAUGGACAGAAGGUUACCAGAGAUAAUCCUUCUCCUAGAGCAUAUUACAGAUGCUCUUAUGCUCCAACCUGCCCUGUCAAGAAGAAGGUUCAAAGAAGUGCCGAUGAUCCAUCUCUUCUAGUUGCCACCUACGACGGCCGCCACAACCACCGUGGCGACAGCAGCAGCCUUUCAUCCCUGCCUGAAGCAUCCAACCUUGAUUUAUCAGAUCAUCAAAGUACUAUUUCAAAAGCGGACAUCACUGAAAUCCAGCAGCUGCUUGUGGAACAAAUGGCUUCCUCAUUGAUUAGGAAUCACAGCUUCACCGAAGCUCUGGCAGCCGCCAUCACCGGCAGAAUUUUGGAUGAUGCAUCAGAUGAUAGCAGCCUCUCCAAUUCAGACAAGCUGGUCUUCUGAAUCUACAAUUCAAUUGAAGCCGAAUUCAAAUCUGGUAAGUUACAUUUGUUCUUGAUUGAAAUCAUGGGAUUUCUUUGGGUGCUUGCUUGAAGGAAGAUGACAUCAAUCAAGAAUUUCUUGGAUAAUUUUAA